AUGCGUGUGCUUUGCGGGGCUGUGUGCAAGCGCGAAGGGUCUGCAGGAACAGGCCGCAUAGCGGCGCACAUAUGCAUGCCUUUGUCCAUUCAGCUGUUUAUUGUUCUGUUUGAGUGUUUUUCGAUAUACCCGCAUGCAAUCCUGCAAGCAUGCGUGCUAGCUGCAGAAUGGCGCUUUUGUCUUGCCAACAGCCUUUUCAUAGGCCAGAACGCCAGCACUAGCUUUUCCGGCGCCCACGAGGGGAGCAUGCUCCCAUACGCGCAGGAAAAAGUUUUUAGCUUUUUCUUUUCUGUAGAGCGGAAAGCUUGGGCAGUCUCUAUGUCGCCUAUUUUGUAUUCUUCGGGCUGCUCUUUGUGCUUCAAAGGGCCCAAGGUUUUGCCGCGCUCUCAAAAAGCGUGCAUGGCCUGA